AUGGUUUCCGGUGUCUUUACGAAGGGGCUUCUGCUCCUGGGCCUCUUGUCCGGCCUGUCGCUUGGUCAAGAUGAGAAACCUCGCUACAAGGAUCCCAGUGCUCCGGUGGAGGAGCGCGUCAGCGACUUACUGGGUCGCAUGACGCUCGAGGAGAAGAUGUCUCAAUUGAUUCAGGGCGAUAUCACCAACUGGAUGAAUGAUACCACUGGAGAGUUUAACCUCACGGGUUUGGAAUGGAGCACGAAAAUGAGGGGUGGAAUGUUCUACGUUGGAUAUCCCGUGCCGUGGGAUUUCAUCGCAGAUAAUGUCAAGAGAGCUCAGGACUAUAUUCUCCAGAACACCACGCUGGGAAUCCCCGCCAUUGUUCAAACCGAGUCUCUCCACGGAUUCUUAAUCGGCAAUGCAACGAUUUACAACUCCCCCAUCGGAUUCGCAUGCUCGUUCAACCCGGAGCUGAUCGAAAAGAUGGCGCGCCUCAUCAGUCAGGAGGCCACAGCCCUUGGAGUCAACCACCUGAUGGGACCGGUGGUUGAUCUUGCCCGUGAACUGCGAUUCGGAAGAGUGGAAGAGACAUACGGCGAAGACCCGUAUCUCGCAGGCGAAAUCGGAUAUCACUAUACCAAGGGAAUCCAAAGUCACAAUGUCUCCGCCAACGUCAAGCACUUUGUGGGAUUCUCACAGCCCGAACAGGGCCUGAACACUGCACCGGUCCACGGUGGAGAGAGAUAUCUGCGCACUACUUGGUUGCCGUCGUUCAAGCGCGCGAUUAUGGAUGCCGGCGCAUGGAGUAUCAUGAGUGCGUACCACUCAUACGACGGCAUCCCCGCCGUAGCUGACUACCACACCCUCACCGAGAUCCUGCGCGAAGAAUGGGGCUUCAAAUACUGGGUGACCAGCGACGCCGGCGCAACCGACAGACUCUGCACAGCCUUCAAGCUCUGCCGUGCCGACCCCAUCGACAAGGAAGCCGUGACGCUGGCCGUGCUGCCAGCCGGGAACGACGUCGAGAUGGGCGGCGGCUCAUACAACUUCGAAACGAUCGUCGACCUGGUCAACACCGGCAAGCUCGAUAUUGAAAUCGUCGACACGGCCGUGUCGCGUUUGCUCCGGGCGAAGUUCGAAAUGGGUCUCUUCGAGAACCCCUAUAACGGUGCCCCGGCGUCUGACUGGCACAAGCUCAUCCAUACGCAGGAGGCGGUUGAUCUUGCCCGCGAGCUGGAUCGGGAGUCGAUCGUUCUGCUGGAGAACCAUGAUAACGCGCUCCCCUUGAAGAAGAGCGGCAGCAUUGCUGUUAUCGGGCCCAUGGCGCAUGGGUUCAUGAACUACGGAGACUACGUCGUCUACGAAAGCCAGUACCGCGGCGUGACCCCAUUAGACGGCAUCAAGGCCGCCGUCGGCGACAAGGCGACAAUCAACUACGCGCAGGGCUGCGAGCGCUGGAGCAACGACGAGUCCGGCUUCGCCGAGGCAGUCGAAGCAGCCCAGAAAUCCGACGUAGCGGUCGUGGUCGUGGGCACCUGGUCUCGCGACCAGAAGGAGCUCUGGGCCGGCCUCAACGCAACAACCGGCGAACACGUCGACGUGAACAGUCUCAAUCUCGUCGGCGCGCAAGCACCCCUCAUCAAAGCGAUCGUCGACACGGGCGUGCCCACCGUGGUGGUCCUCUCGAGCGGCAAGCCGGUGACGGAACCGUGGCUCUCGAACAGCACGGCGGCGCUCGUCCAGCAGUUCUAUCCCUCCGAACAGGGCGGCAAUGCGCUCGCGACCUUCCCGCGCUCCGUCGGCGACCUGCCCAUCUACUAUGACUAUCUGAACUCGGCGCGCGAGAUCGGCGACGCAGGGUACGUGUAUUCGAACGGGACGCUGGAAUUUGGGCACCAGUAUGCGCUUGGCAACCCCAAGGCGUGGUAUCCGUUCGGGUAUGGGAAGAGUUACUCCGGGUUCGAGUAUGGGGCUGUGACGCUUGAUAAGAUGAAUGUGACGGCGGCGGAUACGGUGACGGUGAGUGUGGAGGUGAGGAAUACGGAUGCGGCGAGGGAUGGCACGGAGGUCGUGCAGGUGUAUGUGGUUGAUGAGCUUGCGUCGGUGGUGGUGCCGAAUCGGUUGCUGAAGGGGUUCAAGAAGGUGGUUAUUCCUGCUGGGCAGAGUAAGACUGUGGAGAUUCCGUUGAAGGUGCAGGAUCUGGGCCUGUGGAAUCUCCGCAUGAAGUAUGUUGUGGAGCCGGGGGCUUUUGGUGUGCUUGUGGGCAGUAGCUCUGAGGAUAUUCGGGGUAAUGCUACUUUCUAUGUGCAGUGA